AAUGUCAUCUUUAUCGAAACGAUCGAGCACUUCCCUGGGACAUCGAUGGAACCCGAAGCGGCGACCGUGAAUCUCUCCGAAGCGACGGCGGUCGGCGACUACCUCCUGUCGUCGAAGCUCGGCGAAGGGUCUUCCUCGACGGUGUGGAGGGCGGCGCACAGGGCCAGCGGCGAGGUGGUGGCGGUGAAGCAAGUCCACCUCUCGAGGCUGAACCGGCACCUCCGGAGCUGCCUGGACUGCGAGCUCGAUUUCCUGUCCUCCGUCGAUCAUCCCAACAUCAUUCGCCUCCUUCGCGUGCUUCAGGCCAAUGGUUGCUUAUACAUGGUCCUGGAGUUCUGUGCCGGCGGAGAUUUAGCGUCUUAUGUCCGACUGCACGGGCCGGUUGGGGAAGAAACUGCUAGAAAAUUCAUGCAGCAGCUGGGAGCUGCCUUGGAAAUACUGCACUCCUACCAUAUGGUUCAUAGGGACUUGAAACCACAGAACAUCUUGUUAUCUGGUUCUGAAGAGGAUAAAGUGCUCAAGGUAGCUGAUUUUGGUCUCUCAAGGACUUUACAACCUGGUUGCACUGCUGAUAUUGUAUGUGGGUCUCCAUUAUACAUGGCCCCAGAAGUUCUUCUAUUCCAAAAGUAUGAUGACAAGGUGGAUAUGUGGAGUAUUGGUGCCAUUCUUUUUGAGCUUCUCAAUGGUCGUCCACCAUUUUGUGGGCCGACUAAUGUUCAGCUUCUGCGGAGCAUCAAGUCAUCUAAAAGUCUUCCAUUUUCUCACCUUGUGCUACCUGAAUUGCAUCCUGACUGCAUUGACAUUUGUUGCAGGCUACUCUCUGUUAAUCCAGUGAACCGUCUGUCCUUUGAAGAGUUUUACCGGCACAGAUUUUUGAGGAGAAAAAGAUCGAUUACGUAAAAUCUAAAAGUUGUGUUUCUGUGGAAGUACUACCAAUUUUCACUCAUGGUGAUUUUACUUGUUGAAGAAUUAGUGGAUCCUCAGCAUGCAAUGGCUACUGUACAAUCACUGUAGUACAGGGGGCUUGGAAAAUUGUGGCGAAAUCUGUUGUUUCAUCACAAUUUGUAAAGGCGGUCUGGUGGCUUGAAACAAAGAACAUUGCAGCUUGGGCAUCUGAUUUUGCGACACCUUUUCGAAAUCCUUGAUACCAAGCUGACAGCAUCGACUGAUUGCUCCCUUCUCAGCGCCCGACGGAUCCCUGUCGGUGUUUGGCUAUCUAACUAGCGUUAGCUUGUUCAUUCCAUUUUACUUCAGAACGGGCGGCAGGAUAUGUCUCUGUAGCCUAACCUUUGGGCUUGACAAAGGCUUGACUCAGGACGAGAACUGGUGUCUCCGAGCAUUCUUGCAUCUCUCUCUGACCAUAUACCCAAAGCAUAUGGAAGCAGUGUAUUCCGCUUCAAUACAACAUCACAUCAGAAUGUCUUCAUCACAGAACCACUCAAACAGCUUGCUUGCCCAAAAAUUGAAAGAAAUUUCUC